CCUCUGGUGAUCUGGCAGACAUUCAAAUGUUUGUUUGAGGUUUUGGAGGCCAGAUUUUUUUCUUCUAUUGUAACAUGUUAAUCACAUGAUCUUUGUACCACGUUGGCUAAGAUGGCGCUUCAAAGCUGGCAAAAAGCUACUCUUUUGCUCUGCUUGUAUGGAUUUUUCAAAGAGAUGAAACCUUCAGAACCGUUUCUCACAGCGUACUUGAAGUCUCCUCAUUAUAAAAAUCUAAGUGAAGAGCAAGUCGACAACCAAGUGUAUCCAGUAUGGACGUACUCGUACCUUGUAACUUUGUUUUUCGUUUUCCUACUUACGGAUUUUCUAAGGUACAAACCUGUCAUCAUCAUUGAGGGAUUUGCCUAYGUUGCUACACGAGUGCUGCUGAUAUGGGGUACAGGGGUCUUUACCAUGCAGAUGAUGCAAUUUGUCUACGGUGUUGCCACGGGGGCUGAGAUUGCUUAUUAUUCAUACAUAUAUACGGUAGUACAACCAGAACACUUUCGUAAAGUCACAGGUUUUACCAGGGCUACAGUUCUCGUGGGGAGAAUGAUGUCUGGCGUUGUAGGCCAAUCACUGUAUUCUUUUAAAAUAGCUGGAUAUCUGACAUUGAACUAUAUAUCGCUUGGCAGUGUAAGCAUUGCACUUUUUGUAUCAUUUAUAUUGCCAUCAGCCGGUGGGAAUGUUUUUGGAACUUCACACAGAAUGACGACUGGAACUGAGGAUCAUUGUCAUGGAGACAGUUACCAAGGAGAUGGUAACCAUGGAUACAGUACAAUUGAGCCAUCAAGGCGACCAUCAUGCUGCACCAAUUGCUUCAUUUCCUGGAAACARUCAAUGCUUUCCAUUUUGCAAGAUAUGAAGGAGUGUUACUCKAACAAAGAGCUUCUCAAGUGGUCRCUAUGGUGGGCAUUUGGAACUUGUGGUGAGUUUCAAGUCGAAAACUAUGCAUCCAAUCUAUGGGAUAUCAUCUACCCUUCCCGUCUCCAUAAGAAAAUUUACAAUGGUGGUGUUACUGCCGUAUCUCAUCUUUUCUGUACUUGUAUUGCCAUGCUGCUAAGUUACUGGAAAGUCAACUGGUCUGUAUUUGGGGAACUGUCUCUUGGUAUUGUUAGCAUCUGUGAURGUGUAGUUUUAUAUAUCAGCGCAGGUACUUCAAGCAUUUGGCUGGCUUACUUGAUGUAUAUACUGUUCAGGGUGGCAUACACCUUUGUARUCGUGAUUGCAAGUUUUCAGAUUGCCAAAAAUGUCUCCAUGACUCGUUAUGCCUUGAUAUUUGGUUGCAACAUGUUUAUAUCACUGUUGCUUCAGACCAUUUUAACAAGCAUUGUAGUGGAUGAGAGAGGACUAGGGCUAAAUGCAGUCACACAGUUUGUGGUGUAUGGCAGUUAUUUUUACAUCUUGGGAGCUGUUUUCCUUGGAAAAGCCAUUUACUCCAUGACUAAAAAAGGAUGGAGGAAUUGCUGGAGGGAACGUUAUGUGCAAGAUGACACACCAGUGGAACAARCCUCACAUGACUUGGUAUCCAACAUACAAGAUGUUGAAAACACAGAAAAGGAGCAAGACACGAGUGGCAUUGUGUAAAACAGCUGACCAACAGUAAGACAGGCUCACAAAAACAGUGGAAAAUUUUGUGUUAUGUUGUUACAUUGUAAUCUAGUGUGGGGUAGGACAUGACAAGAAUCUCAUGAUGGUGAUGCAAAGAUGACAGUUGCUACCAAGUCUAGCAGAUUUGAUUGGCCCAUUAAGUUAUUAUAAUUAUAGAAAUGAAAUGGUGACAUUGUCAGCAAUUAACACAACAUUUACAAAAACACGCAGAUAUACAUUUCAGGUUUUUAUUAAUAAAAUUUAAUUUAUUAGUUUUAUAUUCAUGAGCUCCAUGUUUAUUAUUAUCUGUUAUUCUAUCAAAAUCAAAGCAAAACAAAUUUUUAAAAUUUAAUACAUUUUGUCAUGGUAAUUCAAUUGCCUAGUGCUUAUUAAUACAAAAAUAUAUUUGUGACUUAUUCAUCUAUAUCAUCUUUUUACAUAUCUGGGUAUUUUGGUAAAAAAAUAGUAAAUAUUUAUAGAAAAAGACUAGAUUGAAAAUUAUAUAUUUAGCAAAAUUAACAUUAAUGCCAGCAGGCUAUUGGUAAGUMGUUUUUUUUACUACAAACUACUAGUGCAGUGGAUAAUAACUAUAGUAAAUAAUUAUUAUAACAAAAAAGACAAAAACCUAAUAUCAACACAAUCUUUUUUGUGGGCAGCCUGUUUACUUCUAACAGGCAGGCCAGCAUCUCAAUAUGGUAAAACUUUAAAGUUAUCAUAAAAUUCUAAAAGUGACUCUUUAUCUAUAAAACCAAGCAUGUCCAACCUGUCAAAUUUCGCUCCAUGUAAAUAGUUGUUUCCCUUAUAGCGAUGCUCUGACAGUGUUUAUCAACAAACUCAUUCUUAUGUUAAUUUGCCAACCAUGGUCAGAAUGGCUUUUCACAAGUCGCUUUGUUCUAACAUCCAAUCGUCUUCUGGUUGGCAAAUGAACAACAAAGUCUUACRUCACAGUGAGCAUYGCUAUACAUAAGAACUUUUCUAAACAAAAUAUCCCCUUACAAAAAUAUAAUAUCUCCCCCAAUUUUUUUUUAGAAUUUUAUGAUACUAGUUAAUAAGGAACUGAAGUCUAUAUUAUGUUCAACAACAUCGUCCUUUAGAAGGUAUUAUGAUAAAUUGUAAUAGAAUCUAUAAUUAUGUAUAUCAGAGGCUGUAGGAGAUUUUCCUAAUAAAUCCAAGUGCUUUUUCUUA